AAGCUAUAAUCAAGCGUCGUUGGAGCAACGGUUUUUUCUGAACAGUUGAUUGCCUGAAAUUAUACGAAGCUGUAUAUGUGUUUGUUGAAUUGCCUGAAUGGUUUUCAUUUGUUUCCCUGAAGUAGUGACCACUUUCCGUCCGACUUGCAUGUGUUAAGCAUGCCGGCAAAGGUCGAGAAACUCAACCACACUGUUCGAAGUGAUACUAUAAUAAGGAAUCAGUUGAAUGGAUUUUUCUUCUUGUGAAAGCUAUGACUGACCCACAGAUACUUCAUCAAAAUCUAAGAUCCAACUCCUGCCAAAUCUCAAUCUUAGAAAGAAACCUCAGCUUAUUGAAUUGGUGGAGGAUGACAAGGUUAUGGUUGUGGUUCUGGAGGGAGUAUGUUAAAACACCAACAUUUAUCUACAAAUACAUCACCGUGAAUGCACCUAUUCCUCUAAUCUCCUUAUCCCCAUCGGAAAGGCCCUUGAAACUGCUGCCUUUUCAGGAACCCAUCUCAGAAACACUACUUAUGGAUGGGAGGUGUUUUCUAUCCAACAACUCCGAUCCAGAUGGGAAGAAGUGGUGGUGCUCUAGGGACGCGGUAGCAGAUCAAAAGUACUGCGAGCACCAUAUGGACAGAGGUUGACAUCGUUCAAGAAUGCCUGUGUCUACCGCUGUUGCCAUCAGCUGCAGUGGUGACCACUAUGUCCACCAUUGUCAGCCACUUGCACCAACUUAGCAGCAGCAACAGAAUGCAGCCUGCAGCAUAUUCCCAUGAUGACAGGUAUAAAAAACAGUGAAUCUCUUUUAAUGUUGAGUUUUGCUAAAGGAAAUGUAGAUGUUGCCAGUGGGUUCUUUUUCUCUUUUCUCUGAUAUUUGGCGGUACAAGCCUUGAUUUAUGAUUCUUGUCCACAAGUUGCUUAAACAAGGAAAGGAGAAAAUGGAAGAUGCAAUCGGGCUUCUUUGCUUGCUGAACCCAUUGCAGAAAUAUGAGGAUGGGGUCAAAAAUCCCCAAAUUUGCUUCGCCUGUUCAUAGAUGAUUGGCCAAAAUCCGACAGCACACAACUCUCUAUAUCUCAAUUUCAUUUCCCGCUCAGACUUCAUGUCUUCAUCUUCAUCCCGCAUCAACGAAAGACUCAACUUUUCACCUCUAAGAAUGGGGAUAGGAGUGGGUGAUAAUAGCGAAAGGUCACAAUGGAUCCCGGUUUGUUGGGAAAGUUCAAUGGGUGGGCCGUUAGGCAAAAGUGUUAAACAACAGCCCCUAGACUCUAAGGGUUGUUUACCAAACGCUUACCCGCAGGGCAAGGACUGAGAA